AGGAUCUGAAAAGAGACAUCUCUGGGGCUUUGUCUGACAAUGGAAAUGAAGAAGUCACCUGAUGGUGGAUGGGGUUGGGUCAUUGUGUUUGUCUCCUUCUUCACUCAGUUUUUGUGUUACGGAUCCCCUCUGGCAGUUGGAGUCUUGUACAUAGAAUGGUUGGAUGCCUUUGGUGAAGGGAAAGGAAAAACAGCUUGGGUUGGAUCCCUUGCGAGUGGAGUUGGCUUACUUGCAAGUCCUGUCUGCAGCUUCUGUGUCUCAUCUUUUGGAGCAAGGCCUGUCACCAUCUUCAGUGGUUUCCUGGUGGCUGGAGGUCUGAUGUUGAGCAGCUUUGCCCCUAAUAUCUACUUCCUGUUUUUUUCCUAUGGAAUUAUUGUAGGUCUUGGAUGUGGUUUAUUGUACACUGCAACAGUGACCAUUACGUGCCAGUAUUUUGACAGCCGUCGAGGCCUUGCACUUGGCCUGAUUUCAACAGGUUCAAGUGUCGGACUUUUUAUAUAUGCUGCUCUGCAAAAGAUGCUGAUUGAAUUCUAUGGACUGGAUGGAUGCCUGCUUAUUGUGGGUGCUUUAGCUUUAAACAUAUUAGCUUGUGGCAGUCUGAUGAGACCCCUCCAGUCCUCUGAUGGUGCUCUGCCUGCCAAACCAGCUGUGGAAAAUGUUCCGGAGAGAUACUGCAUUUACAAGGAAAAAGACAAGAGCCUGGAGGAAAAUAUAAAUAUUCUUGAGAAGAGCUGCCCGCAUGAGGACAAACACAAGAGCUCUUUCAUCAGUGGAGACUGGAGAUCGGAGGGCCCACUUCCUAAAAGCCCAACAAUAAUGGCGCCCGCAAAAGAGACUGACACGUACAAAAAGAAAGUUGCAGAACAGACAUAUUUUUGCAAACAGCUUGCCAAGAGGAAAUGGCAACUAUAUAGAAACUACUGGGGAGAAACGGUGGCUCUUUUUAAAAAUAAAGUCUUUUCAGCACUUUUUAUUGCCAUCUUACUUUUUGACAUUGGAGGGUUUCCACCUUCAUUACUCAUGGAAGAUGUAGCUAGAAGUUCAAAUGUGAAAGAAGAAGACUUUAUUAUGCCUCUUAUUUCCAUUAUAGGCAUUAUGACAGCAGUUGGUAAACUCCUUUUAGGAAUAUUGGCUGACUUCAAGUGGAUUAAUACAUUAUAUCUUUAUGUUGCUACCUUAAUAAUCAUGGGCCUGACCUUGUGUGCAAUUCCAUUUGCCAAAAGUUAUGUCAUGUUGGCAAUACUUUCCGGGAUCUUGGGGUUUCUUACAGGUAAUUGGUCCAUUUUCCCAUACGUGACUACCAAGACUGUAGGAAUUGAAAAAUUAGCCCAUGCAUAUGGAAUAUUAAUGUUCUUUGCUGGACUUGGAAAUAGCCUUGGACCUCCAAUUGUUGGUUGGUUUUAUGACUGGACCCAGACCUAUGACAUUGCGUUUUAUUUUAGUGGCUUCUGCGUCCUGCUGGGAGGUUUCAUUCUGCUAUUGGCAGCCCUGCCUCCCUGGGAUACAUGCACCAAGCAGCUCCCCAAGCCAGCUCCAACUGCUUAUUUGUACAAAGUUGCCUCCAAUGUUUAGAAGAAUAUUGAAAUAUUUGCCAUUUUAGGCCAUGAACAUAUUUUUAACAAGUUCUUAGGCAAAUUCUAAGAGUCAAGACUAUUUUCUCAUGGCAGUAUUUCACUGUGGCUGACGGAAUGGGUUGUUUUUUUUAACAUUAUUCUCUUCAUGUACUGUAUAUGUAGCAUCUAUCUC